AUGAAGGCUGCUAAUAUCCGAACAGCUUUGCUGUCCUUUCUAGAUAUUUCUGUCCCCAAAUUGCAUUUAGCCGAGAACCAUGCCCAAGACUCAAAACGUCACAUGGGCAAUGACGAUAUUCGGCCGAGGACUCACCCACAACUCGACACAUCAAAACCAAAAGAGAAACCAAAUAUGCGACCAACAAUCUCCCUACCCAUAGCAACUCUCACCAUUCUCCCCCACCUAACCACCUCCGCACCCCUAAACCACCACCACUACGGGCUCUCCGAGACCUACAUACAAGCGUUCGGGUCGAACAUCGUCGCCAACGACACCGCCACCACCCCCUCAUCACCCUCGGCAACAACAGGAUCGGACCCGGACUGCAAGCCAUUCGUGAUGCCGCGGGUCCCGGCCGAGUGCGUGAUGAAGCAGGGGGACCUCGCGUGCCAUGGGUACUCGUUGUACUGCAGGUACCCGACGGAUUGGGGGGUUGGGUACGAGCAAGUUGGGGAGUGCUGGACUUGUAAGUGA